AUGCAGGACCCUUCAGGACACGGAAAUCGACCACGGGCUGCGUUGGUGCAACUGCAGGAAUCGUGGGUUUGCUGUGCUGCACCGAAUUCGGUCUUUUCCGCAGACAUUCGCACUGUUGCGCAGAUGUUCUCUCCACCGUGUGCCUCUCGUCGACCUCGUGUUGGCUUUUCCCAGGCAACACUGUGUGCAGGACGCCUUCCAGUCUCUCGUUUCUGCUCCUUGCUCAGUUUCUCUGACCUACCGCCCAGGCAAGACACGCGGCUUUUCCCCUCGAGCUUCCUCAACGGCGUUGCCUCCGAAAAAACGUUGGCAUUUCUCCCGUAUCCUCUACCUCGAGAAUCCGUUUCUGGCGGUUCCGUUCAGGCCCCCGGUGCUCCUGUCUCGGGUGUCAGGCACGACAAAUUCGCGUUUCGACUUAGCCCUGGCAGCAGACCUGGCUCUGUCUCGCGCUUCCGCUUCCACCGUCCAUCUUCCUCCGCGACCGCAGCCAGGCACCUACAAGGAGAAUCUCGGCCGUUCGCUUCCUGCCCCGUCACACCGGAAGCGACCCCAUUUCCGCAGCCAGUUCCUUCCAGCUUCUUCAAGAUGUCUCGAAGAAAAAUCGGCCUCAUCGGCGGCGGCAACAUCGGCGCCACGCUUGCCCUUCUCUCCGCUGUCAAGGAACUCGGCGACGUCGUCAUGUUCGACGUCGUCCAGGACCUCCCGCAAGGAAAAUGCCUCGAUCUGUACCAGUUGACUCCGAUCUCUGGAGUUGACGUUCGCUUCGAGGGCUCGAACGACUACAGCGUCCUCAAGGAUGCGGAUGUCAUCAUCGUCACUGCAGGGGUGCCUCGGAAGCCAGGUAUGUCUCGCGACGACCUGCUGGCGAUUAACGCGAAAAUCAUGGGCCAAGUUGGAGAAGCCAUCAAGCAGUACUGCCCCAACGCAUUCGUCAUUUGCAUCACGAAUCCACUCGAUGUGAUGGUCUACAUCCUCCGCGAAAAAUGCGGCUUGCCUCCCCACAAAGUUUGCGGCAUGGCCGGCGUCCUCGACUCAGCUCGGCUUCGCACGUUUCUCUCGGAGCGUCUCAACGUCUCCGUCGAUGACAUCCACGCCCUCGUCAUGGGUGGCCAUGGAGACACCAUGGUGCCCCUCCCUCGAUUCACCACUGUGGGAGGCAUCCCCCUGCCUGAGCUGGUGAAGAUGGGUAUGAUUUCUCAACAAGAAGUCGACGAUAUCGUCCAACGCACUCGCAAUGGAGGUGGAGAAAUCGUCUCAUUGCUGAAGACGGGCUCUGCUUUCUUCGCUCCCGCGGCUGCGGGCGUCUUGAUGGCCGAGGCGUACCUGAAGGACCGCAAACGCGUGCUGCCUUGUGCCGCCUAUUUGAACGGAGAGUACGGUGUCAAGGACAUGUAUGUGGGCGUGCCGUGCGUGAUCGGCGCGGGCGGCGUCGAGAAGAUUGUCGAAUUGGACUUGACGCCUGAGGAGAAGAAGAUGUUCGAGCGCUCGGUUGAAAGUGUGAAGACGCUUCUCGCCGCUGCUCCAAAGUCAGCCUGAACGAGGCUCGCUUGUGAGCGCGUUGUGGGAGAUUGGCGAUGAGGCGCGAGACCAGUUUUUCUCAUUCUUCUUCUGUCUGCAGCUCCACUUCCUCGCAAAGAUUUUAAUCAGAGCGGCAAAGGAGCCGCAGCUUGUAACAAAGAGUGUAAAUUUCAUGACCGGACUUUGCUUCGGGUGCACACUCUGCUCGGAUCUGUGUCUGUGAGUUCCGCACAUACCUCGUCGAGAGGGGUAAAGGCGUCUUUCGCGGCUGUCGAGCGGCAUGGCGUUCCCCAUCGUCGCUGUCCUGUAUGUCGACAAAUUCGCGUUUCCUCGCCGUGUGCAAAGCAAACAUUCUCUUUAAAAUGUGCCGAUUUGGGUAAUCUCUCUGUGGUUGCCGUCCUCUGUCCUCCCUCAAAAAUUCGCUGGCUGUCCUCUUCUCUUUUCCACAUCUCUCCUGUGCUCGUCUCACCGUUUCUCUCCCCUCUUCUCUCCUUGUCUCGUCCGUCCUUCUUCUCGCUUCCUCCGCCUUCUUCUCUUCACCUGCUCCUCUAUUUCUUCUCGCCUCUCCGCCGGUUUUUCUUCUCUCUUCUCUCCACGUCUUCUCGCCGGGUGCCUGCGCGCCUCUGCCGGCAGAAGUCCGAAAAGAGAGCGCUCCGAGGCCCGAUGGCGAGACGCGCCGAGAAAGUUUUCACCUCUUUCACUUUCUCUCGAAAGUAUUGACACGAAUUGCUGAGUCUCUCUGGAGACUGGAGGAUCACCGGCCAAAGAGAGGAUCUCUGUCUCAGCGUUUGUCAGGAGAAGAGUGGAAGAGAAUGACUGCGGGUGACGCG